CGUUGUCAUGUCGUGUGUCUUUUUAUUGCCAGAUAACGUUUCGCUGCAUAGAUAAACCACAUUUUGGCCAUCCAUUCAUCAGAUGAUGGCCUUGGAAUUGCUUCCACUCCUGGGUUGUUACCAAUACAGCCAGCCAUUCACGUGUGAGCUUUUGGGUAGACAUACGUUUUCAGUUCUUUCGGGUCUGUGCCUGGGAGUGGAGUUGUUAGCUCACGUGGUUAUCUGUUUGUCAUUUUUCUUUUAACUUUUGGCCGUGCGGCCUUGUGGAUCUCAGUUCCCCGACCAGGGGUUGAACCCGUGCCUCAGCCGUGCGAGCACAGAGUCCUAACCACUAGACCACCAGGGAGCUGCCUGUUUGUCUUUCUGGGGAAGCGCCCGAUGGCUUCUCUAAUGGCCGCACCACCUUACAGCCUGCGCCCUGCCCCAGGCAGCGUCAGAGGGCUCCAGGUGCCCUGCCCCUUGGCCCUCUGCAGUUCUGGGCUCGGACGUGGGAGGUAGCUCCUCCUGCUGGGCCACCUCAGUUCCAUUUGCAGGCUCCCCCCUCCCCAGCACCUGGGCGUCCCCUCACGCGCAGUGUGUGUGUGUCUCUCGUUCCUAACGCUUUGGGGUGACUGCCGAGGGCGCAGCCUGCCAUCUGGGUGGAGGUACUUAGUUUGAGACUUAGGUAUGAGGGGGGGCUUCUUUGUUAUGUUUUUUACAUAACUUUAGUUUGCCAGGGACACGUUUUCACUCUUUAACUCAUAGUAAGUGACAGGUAAAAUUGUUUUUCAUUUCGUGCCUUUUGUUUUUGUUUUUGCGGUACACCGGCUUCUCACUGUUGGCCUUUUGUUUUUAAUGUAGGAAAGAGUUGAUAGCUCAGCUAAAUACAGGGGGGAAGGUGGUAGACGGGCUCAUUCUUCUAAAACAUCAAAAAAGCCCCCAGCACAAAUGUUAAAAAAUAAAUAAGCGUUUACCAUUUUUACCACACGUCAAAAGAACUUAUUUCUAUGUAUUUCAAGAGACAGCCUUUUAGAGUUGGGUCAGCUGGCACCCGGCCCUGUGCUUGGCCAAGGGGAGGCGCCCAGCCUCAGGCGGCAAUGCCAGAGCCUUGACGCUUCGACCUCGGCUGCGCGUGCGCCUGGGGGGGAUGCGGGGCUCAGCCAGGCAUUCUGUCUGGACCACCGCUGGAGGCAGGCGGGCCGGGGCUUCCGGGGCAGAUGAAGGGUGCCCUCACAGAGAUCAUCCAGCUCGCCACCCUGGACUCGGACCCCUGGGUUCUCAUGGUGGCCGACAUUCUGAAGUCCUUUCCUGACACCGGAUCUCUUAACCUUGACCUCGAAGAGCAGAAUCCCAACGUUCAAGAUAUUUUAGGAGAACUUAGAGAAAAGGUGAACGAGUGUGAGGCGUCGGCCAUGCUGCCGCUGGAGUGCCAGUACUUGAAUAAAAACGCCCUGACGACCCUCGCUGGGCCCCUCACUCCCCCAGUGAAACAUUUUCAGUUGAAAAGGAAGCCGAAGAGUGCCACGCUGAGGGCCGAGCUCCUGCAGAAAUCCACCGAGACCGCCCAGCAGCUGAAGAGGAGUGCGGGGGUGCCCUUCCAUGCCAAGGGCCGGGGGCUGCUGCGGAAGAUGGACACCACGACCCCGCUCAAAGGCAUCCCGAAGCAGGCGCCCUUCCGAAGCCCCACGGCCCCCAGCGUCUUCAGCCCUGCGGGGAACCGCACUGCCAUCCCGCCGUCGAGGACGCCCCUGCGGAAGGAGAGGGGCGUGAAGCUCCUCGACAUCUCCGAGCUGGAUAUGGUCGGGGCCGGCCGGGAGGCCAAGAGGAGGAGGAAGACCCUGGACGCGGAGGCGGUGGAGAAGCCAGCCAAGGAAGAGACGGUCGUGGAGAACGCCACCCCCGACUACGCGGCCGGCCUGGUGUCCACACAGAAACUCGGGUCUCUGAACAACGAGCCUGCGCUGCCAUCCACGAGCUACCUGCCGGCUACGCCCAGUGUGGUCCCUGCCUCAUCCUACAUCCCCAGCUCCGAGGCCCCGCCAGCCCCGCCUGCCCGGGAAGCCAGCCUGCAGGCCAGCCGGCCCCCCGAGGAGCCCAGCGCCCCCAGCCCCGCGCUGCCGGCACAGUUCAAGCAGAGGGCGCCCCUGUACAACAGCGGCCUCAGCCCUGCAGCGCCCACACCCGCGGCGCCCACCUCGCCCCUGACGCCCACCACGCCCCCAGCCGUCGCCCCCGCCACCCAGACGCCUCCGGUGGCCAUGGUGGCCCCCCAGGCCCAGGCCCAGCCCCCCGCCCAGCAGCAGCCCAAGAAGAACCUGUCGCUCACGAGAGAGCAGAUGUUUGCCGCGCAGGAGAUGUUCAAGACGGCCAACAAGGUCACACGGCCCGAGAAGGCCCUCAUCCUGGGCUUCAUGGCUGGCUCCCGAGAGAACCCGUGCCAGGAGCAGGGCGACGUGAUCCAGAUCAAGCUGAGCGAGCACACGGAGGACCUGCCCAAGUCGGACGGCCAGGGCAGCACCACCAUGCUGGUGGACACGGUCUUCGAGAUGAACUAUGCCACGGGCCAGUGGACGCGCUUCAAGAAGUACAAGCCCAUGGCCAACGCGUCCUAGGGCCGCCGCCGGGCCACCGAGGCCCAGCCCGCUUGAGCUUUGGGUUCAGUUUCUCUGGGGUGUUUUGGACUUAUUUUCUAAAUUUUAAUAUGGGUCCCUUUUGUGUGAUUUAAGACACUUUUUUGCAUUCAGUGUUACAGUUCUGAAUGUUAAACUUAGCCCCGAAAGGUGUAACUUCCUAAUCUUGGCACCAGCUCUGCCUGUUAGACUUCCGUCUUUUCUCAUUUUUUCUUCAGUCCCACUGACUGCGAGAGAGGGCCUUUCUUGCUCGUGCAGCCCCUCUCCCCGCCCACGCGGCUGAGGGACCAAAGGUGGCGCCUGGUGUGUCUGAGAACGGGGCGGGGACGGCCGCCAGUGCCCAGGGAUGGGGGAUGCCAGGACACGCUCACCACCCACAGGUUUUGUAUUUGUCUUUUGUACCGUUGUGAGCAUUUAAGACCAGUCCUUGGGUACCUGUUUUCAUUGUAAAAACUACCUAAUUAAAGUUUAGCUUUUCUAAAGAAAAAGCACCAGAGCUGUGUUUCCAGCCAGCUCGACCUCUCUGCUCUGGGGCCCCAGCCCCUCUCUGGGGUGGGUGACGUUGGGGUCAGCCCAGGGGUCACUCCUGGAUGGUGCGGGCGUGGGGAGCACGUGAAAGGGGCCUGGGGCUCAACCACCUGCGGGGCUGAGAAGAGUCUGCAGCUUCCUCUCCCGACUCUGUCACCUUUAACGGGGGUUUGGGAACCAAAUUAUAACAGGAACAAAAGCCUUUUCCCCAAAUCGGAACGACACGCACCAUCUACGAUACUUGUUACACGUCCAAGGCCACGUUGGCCUCUCCCCAGAUGUCAGGGGACUGUGCCAGAUGCUUCAGAGUGACGACUCAAAGUGACUGGCAGCGGGACUUGCCUGGUGCUUCCACUGCAGGGGGCGUAGGUUCCGUCCCUGGUCGGGGAACUAAGAUCCCGCAUGCGGCACAGCGCGACCAAAAAAAGAAACAAAGAAAAGGGACUGGGGGAAUGGAAGAGAGACCCAAACUUCAAAAUGCAAUUCCACAUAAAGAAAAAAGCCUUUAAAUUUUUUAAUACAAAAAUACUCAUACACAAUCUUCCAAACACAACUUCCGACCUUAAAUCCUAUUUCCCCGCAACCAGCAAUUCUCAAAUCUACAUUUCAGUAUCUUCCCCCAGAAGUGAAUUUCAAGUUUUUUAAGUCUGUCAAAAUUGGCGGUAGCACCUGGUACACCCCCCCAAAGGCGGAGCCUGGCCGCGUUCCGUGCGACGCUGAGACACCAGUAGGCACGUUGAGGUUUCUGUUUAAUUUCACAUCUCAACAGGGUGCGGUGGACACGACGCCUGCGGACACAGCACUUUACUCACUCAUCAAACGCUCCACAUCUCACAGGAUCGAGAGUUCGGCAACUGACAGUCGUCUGUGUUACCUUUCGUAAAAACAGGCUUAUGUUUUCUUAUUCCUGGACAUACGGCAGUUCUAGAAGAUGGCGCCGCACACACUGCAGUUUAUGUGUCAAGGGAAACACUGGGAAGGCGCCGGGGCGCAGACCUGAGGGUGAGGCAGGGGGUCCCGAGCAUUCUCGGAGGACGGGACCCGGGCGGGGGCGCCAGGCGGCCUCCCCGUGGUGCUUGCAGCUUAUCACCCGCUUUGGACAUGCGCCCACGACCCCCAACGGAGAGAAGCGUCCCCGUGUCCAGAGGCCCGCGCUGGCGUCGACACGACACACGAGGGGUCCUGGUCAGCUCCUGAUGCUGAGGAAUCCUGAGGUGUUUGGGCGGUUUUCAUUGUGUUUCUGCUUCACAUUAACGACGAAGGGCUGAAGCUGACGUUCAGGAAAGACCGACUCCCCCGAAGCAAGCUCCCCUCAGACUCGGAGCAAAGGCCUCGGCCCCGUCGGGAGGGCCCCUGCAGCCCCACUGCUCCUGCAAUGCCUUGUGCUCAGAUCCAUAAACUGGUUUUCUGGAGAUUCUCAGAGUUAGUGUUUUUUGCUCAUUAGUUUAACAGUUUUUGGAAAGAGGGCAACCAUAUCUAAAAUAAGUUUUCCAGUAUUUCCUUCAGAAAGGUUAUAAAAGAAUUUGGAAGUAAUAUCAAAGUGACUCAAAAAUCACACAAUUUUUACUACUGUCAAAUACAAAAAUAAGUUAAUCUGCUCCCCAAAGUGCACUGCAAAACCAAUUCUGAUGUUCUGACUUAGGCAGAAGUCCCUCACCGGCAGGAAAGGGCGAGUGACGUCAGCCCACACCGAGGCCCCUGGCUCUGAAGGGCGGGGCUGCGCCCGCGGCCGCUGCGCUGGCACCAGGCCUCGGCGCCCCUCGUGCCCAGCCCCAGAGCGCGCAGGCGCCAGGUUCAGGGCCUAAGGAGCAUGAAUCUACGUCAAUCCAGUAUUUUCUUAAAAGACCAUUUGAAAGAAACAAGAGUUCUGAACUGAAAUACCCCACGGCCCCUGCGUCUCACCGAGCAGGCGCGUUUCCAGAGAACCGAGCCGCCCGUGGAAGCACCAGCUGAGGACACGGCUUGUUUUUCCUUUGGUCCUACGUCACUUGCCCCAGGGUCACCAGAGAAGGGCCAGCAGGACGACCUCGGUCAGCCGACUCUCCUAGUCCGUGCCUGGGGAGGCCCGGGCGCCUCGCACCUGGAGCAGGUGCUUCCCCAGGGGUCCCGGCCUGGCCGAGACCGCCCCCUCCCCCCACAGCUCCCGUCGCAGGACCCCGGAGCAGUAGUGAACUUGGGUCCAAGUGUUGGUAUAUCCUGCAAUUCUCCGAGGCGAAAACGGUAAGAGAGACCAACAGGAGACCUCCGUGGCAGUUUUCAAGAACAGUUGUGUAAACUUUUCUGCAGAGGAGAUGUUCUCCUCAGGUUAUUUUAAGAAGAAGAGGCUAGAAAAAAGCACCUGCUGCUGAGCGCCCCCUUCCCUCCCACCGCGAGUGGAGACAGGCAGGCACACGGGCUCCUGGCAGGGCGCUCCCAGCGUCCCGGGGUCCAUGGGAACGCUGUGCUUCGCAGAAGCUUCUCCCUGCGUGGGGCUAACGGUCCAUGGAAAUCUCCCGGGGGACAGUGUCGGCCGGGCUGUUCCAAGGCUGGGUGCCCACGCCCGGCAGGCCGGCCCGAGUCCCAGGACAAGCGCUCCUCCGAGGGGCCCUGGCCGAGGGCGUCUGCCCAGCGCGCCUCAGGCUUCCCGGGAACAGGCCCACAGCACGCGUGCAGUCACUUGGGGUGACGAUGCGCCUGAACUCGCUCUUUCCUCAGCCCGGGAGGAGCGCCUGGACGCACACGUCCCCCGUGAGCUCCGCGUCCCGGGGUGUGUGUGGGAGGGGCACCCAGCAGUGCCCUGCUGCGCGACCGUCACCCGAGACGCCACCGGGCAGAGCGCCGGACAAACCGUUUCCCUAAGUGGCCGCGUCACACAGCUCAGCGGGUCACACACUCAUCAGUAAACACGCGUUUCAGUCGGUGGUAAUUUGUGAAACAAGUUUAGCAAAAAUAUAUUGAGAAUAAAAGCCAGAAACUGGUAAAGAAAAGCCGCCCGAAAAAAUGUACAAACUCUUCCCCCAAGCGAUGAGACCCUCCGGGGAGGCUGCCCCACGUGAGCCUGUGCUUUAAAGGCCGACGUGGCAGCAGCACUUGGUUCAAGUCCACGGAGAGAAACACGACAGGGGAGAUCCCACAACAACACUACGCUAGUCACCGUCCUGGGGCCGGCUCCUCACUGGGACGGAAAAGAAGCAUUCUGAGGAAAAACUUCACAUUAGUACAAAAAAGAAAUCAUACAGCUGUUUCAUAAGAGCAGAAUCAUGGUUCCCAGGGCACCCGGGGUCUUGAGUCCUUGCCCAGGCCCCACCCUGGUCUCCUCUCCUGAGUGAUGGCAACGGGGAAGCAGGCUGGGUGACGUUGUCAAGAUUAAAAGAGGUAAGAGUGAUCCUCC